UAGCUGAAGCAGUUAAACCGGAACUUAAGAAACACCAGAAACAGAAGAGUUUUUAUUCCACUAAGUGUCUGUUCACAUGUUCAGUGGAGGAUGUGUGUUAGACAUGGCAGAGUUCCUGUGUGUGUUUAAUCUACACCUGCUGUUUGGUGUCAUCAGUCUGAAUCUCCUUCAGAUCAUUUCAGCUGAUCUGCUAUCUGUUGAUCCUGGACAAAACAUCACUCUGCUCUGUAACAUCACUAAUUACUCAGAGAUAUCGUGGUAUCACAUGAACUCAACAGGCCUGAGGCAGUUUACAUCAGCAAUACAGGGGAAACUGGACAAACACUUUUACGUUGACCAUAAUGAGAAUAAGAGUCACUUUGCUCUAACACAAAGCAGCAGUUCAGUCAGUUUAGUGAUUAUUGGAGUUAGAGAGACAGAUCUGGGAUUUUAUUACUGUGGAGGUCGAAAUGAGGAGCUGCACACUGAGUUUGGGAAACCCAUCGGACUGAACUUUACAGGUAGCAGUGAUAAUGAGAGAGAUUCUUCAUCAGAGGAUUCAGAUUCACACCAGACUGGAGGAACGGGGAACAUCUGGAUUACAAAUUUGAUCGUAAUAUGUAUGUUCUUCAUCUCUAUCCUAGUCUUCAUCAUCAUCAUGUGUGUGUUUUGCGGCAGAGUGAAAGGAAAAUCAACAUCAUCAGUAUCAUCAUGCUGCAGUCGCAUCACCAACUCCACUGAACAGCUCUACCAGUAUAAACCUGCUUGAGUGGGUUUGCCUGUUCACCAGUUACUAUGACAGGGCGGCCUGUUCAUCAGAGCCCCAGCCAGAAGCCAACAUGGUGGACUCCUGUGUAGAGCUCCAUCCAGAGACUGGCAGGGCAGCCUCCCAGGCAGAUAUCCAUCUAGAAGCUGACAUGGCAGCCUACAAAGUACAGCUCCCAAACCCUGCUCCCUGCUGGGGCAGACUGCACAACCUCCCAAUACAUGAUUAUGCCUAAGACCAGUGACACAGCCUCCCAUAACGGCCUAUUUGGAAGUGAUAUGCAAUGCAUGCAGCAUCCUUCCUAGAUGGUAGGACAAAUUUUGAUGUAUUUUGAAGUUUUUGUUAGGGUCUUCAUGGAUAUUAUUUGGAGGCUCCUCUAUUGGGCAAAGAGAAACAGUUCUUGGUUUUCCAUCUGAGCUGAAGAUGCACAGCCAUGGACCAAAGAGGGCAUUGAUAUAUUCUGAAUAUAUUUAUGGCAUGCUCUGUCCUGGGCUGACUGUGUGCCCAGGUCUGACUAUGUGAUACUAUUUGCUUACAGCCUUAUCUAUGACCUUGUCUAUAUCCUUUGAUUUUGCCUAGACAUUCUUACUGUUCUGUUCUGAUAAAGAUGUGCUGAGCCCAGACACUUCAUAAUGAACAGUGCGCAGAGAGCUUCAUGGAAUGGGUUUCCAUGGCCGAGCAGCUGCGUCCAAGCCAUACAUCACCAAGUGCAAUGCAAAGCGUCGGAUGCAGUGGUGUAAAGCACGCCGCCACUGGACUCUAGAGCAGUGGAGACGCGUUCUCUGGAGUGACAAAUCGCACUUCUCCAUCUGGCAAUCUGAUGGACGAGUCUGGGUUUGGCGGUUGCCAGGAGAACGGUACUUGUCUGACUGCAUUGUGCCAAGUGUAAAGUUUGGUGGAGGGGGAUUAUGGUGUGGGGUUGUUUUUCAGGAGCUGGGCUUGGCCCCUUAGUUCCAGUGAAAGGAACUCUGAAUGCUUCAGCAUACCAAGACAUUUUGGACAAUUCCAUGCUCCCAACUUUGUGGGAACAGUUUGGAGCUGGCCCCUUCCUCUUCCAACAUGACUGUGCACCAGUGACCAAAGCAAGGUCCAUAAAGACAUGGAUGACAGAGUCUGGUGUGGAUGAACUUGACUGGCCUGCACAGAGUCCUGACCUCAACCCGAUAGAACACCUUUGGGAUGAAUUAGAGCGGAGACUGAGAGCCAGGCCUUCUCGUCCAACAUCAGUGUGUGACCUCACAAAUGCGCUUCUGGAAGAAUGGUCAAAAAUUCCCAUAAACACACUCCUAAACCUUGUGGACAGCCUUCCCAGAAGAGUUGAAGCUGUUAUAGCUGCAAAGGGUGGACCGACGUCAUAUUGAACCCUAUGGAUUAGGAAUGGGAUGUCACUUAAGUUCAUAUGUGAGUCAAGGCAGGUGAGCAAAUACUUUUGGCAAUAUAGUGUAUAUAUAUCACUAAAUACUUCACUUCUCUUCUGUAUAAAUUCUCCCUGUUGGUCUCAGUGAAUUUGAAGUGUUUUAAUAUUCAAUCACUGUCUCUGUGUGUUUUUUGGCACUCUCCGUGAUAUCAGUUCAGAGAUAGUGGCAGAAGUGUGACUGAGACUUCUUCACCUAGUGAAUAAAAUUA